AUGCCCCAAGAUUUAUCCUCGAUCGACCGGGAAAUCCCUUCACACCUGUCUGAAGUAACGAACGACAGCACUAGGACUGAGCGUGGCUCACCUGUGCCUGAUCUACCAGAUGUCCCCGAGCCUAAUGACGCUCCUGCAGAUACCCAGGGUUACCAAUCCAACAUUGACCAGGAUCUACUCGGAUUCGGAGCUCAGUUUGACGAUAAGAAAUAA